AUGGAAAAAGAUAUAAAGAAUUAUGAUUUGCCAAAUAUAGAAGAAAAUCAAACACAUCAAUCAAUAGAAGUGAUAGCACUUGCCACAGCAACAUAUGGGGUAGCAGCGUCCAUUAUGCCUAGAGGAAGAACUGCACCCUCACAAUUUAAUAUACCAUUAAGCCCAACAGAGUCGAGCAUGUGUGGUAUAUCCAAGCAAAGUGGACAAGCAAAAUUAUUACGCACUGAAAAAUUGAUUACAUGGGUUGAAGCACCGAUGGCAAAAAGACUAACAAUAGAAAUAGUUGAUAGAUGCUUGAGAGAUAUAAUGGAUACUUCUCAACCAUUUGAAGGGAAGUACUGUUUGGUGAAACUUCCUUCAGGAGUAGAAAAAUUGAUUGAUUCUCAGUGCCGGGCCACAAUUGGCAGAGUCUCAAACCCUGGCCAUAAUACUCGCACGCUUAGGAAGGCUGGCCAGAGCAGAUGGUUAGGUCGAAGACCAGUUGUUCGUGGAGUAGCUAUGAACCCAGUUGAUCAUCCUCACGGUGGAGGUGAGGGUCGGAGCAAAAGUAGUGGGUCCUUUGGAAGGGUGUCACAAACACCAUGGGGCAAGCCAACUAAAUGUGGCAGGAAUCAAGAACGCAAGCGCAAUGGCAAAUUUAAAUGA